AUGUCCUUUGUUAGAGUGCGUAGAACUUCUGCUAUUCCUCGCAAGAAGAAACCUAUACGACGAAAACCUGUAUGGGAUGACACAGUGAAUGAUUUAACAGCACUGAAGGCAACACCAGAAGAAAUAGAAUACAGAAAAGCAUCUCACCAGUCAAAACAUGCCUUGGCUGCUAGACUGCAAAAACAGAAAGACCUCCAAAAAAAAACAGAUUUGAGUAUUUCUAAUGCUGAAGCCAGACAACUUGCCAUUAUGAGGGAAGUUCUCUAUGACCAACAUCAGUUUCAAAGUGCGAUAGCAAAGUCUGAUAAGAUGAUGUCAUCUGUGAAGGACAUGUUUGGUGAUGAUCCUAAGAGAUUUACAGGAUUUCCACAUGUUACUGCAGCCCCAGACCCUGAUGGUGUAGACAGGACAGCUAGCCUUGUUGCAGAAUACCCUGACAUCCAGACACGUAUGGAAGCCCUGAGUCAGUCUCUCAUGGAUGGAUCAGCCCUGAAUGACUUUGAGACAGAUUCAGAUGAUGAGGCAGUCGCUCCUGAUCCGAUAACAUACCAACCUCAAAUGAAUAUGGAGCGAUUUGAGCGGUACCUGGCCCAUGAGGAAAAGAACAAUACUCUCAGCACUAUUAGUGGCCAAGCUCAGCUCAGUCAACUGGCCCAGGGUCCAAUACAAAGUACACAGAUUCAGGACACAGCAAGCCUUCACACAUCCAUAGGAACAGGUUAUGAAACUCCGAAAAAGAACCCAAAUGAGUCUGUUUCAAUUCUCAAAACCCCAAAGUCAGCAAUCAAUGACACAAAAAAAAUUAAGAAGACGAGAAAAAGAGUGGCUCCUCCUAAAUCUCCUCAACACAACACAUCAGCUUUUAACCUGACAGAUCUACGCAAGGUGUUGGAGAAUCUCCAGGAUGAGAUUGCAGAGUUUGAGAAGCAGACAGGACGUCAGGUUCCAGCUGAGAGACAUCGACAAGAAACUUUUUCUGGAUACACACUGUCGCUGGUUGACUCUGUCACCAAACUCAGUCGUUAUCUAAAAGAGAAUGAUCUCCGACUGAAGGCAGAGAUGAUGGUCAGAGAGCAGUUGAUGCAAGAUGUGUCUCAAUUAGCUGCUCUCAUAGAUGCCUUGACAUCUGAUAUUAUUUUAACUCAAGAUGAAUCAGCAAAGUUGAAGAAUGAAUUUACCAAGUAUAAGCUGGAAACUCAGAGUGAAAUACAACACCUCAAGGCUGUGCUACACAAGGCUGGUCUAAUGGAAGAGGAAGCUGUGUUAAAAACGCCCCCAAGAGGAGCCCCUCCUCCACCAUCUCAUACAGAAUCUGGUGAAGAUGCCAAACAGCCACAGGAAAUAUCAGCUAUCCCCAAUCACGUUCAGUCUGCUUCAGCAGCUGUUCUGUUAUCCCCACCAGUGAGGAAGUCUCACCUACACAAGCAGGAGGAGGAUGAGGAAUCAACAGAAAACAACUCAAUCACAGCUGACGAGCCAGCACCUGUUAGCCUGCCAAACAACAGCAGUUAUUUUCCUGUAGGUGGAGUUAGCUAUUUGCAUGGACCAGUCAGCAGUAAUCCAAGUCGGGCAAGUUCUGUGGAUAGCCACUCCGACCCUACACAGCUACCCAAUGGUCCAGGUCUGCAUCCUACAACUGGUGCCAGAGUUAUCAGACCAAACCUACCUUCUAGUGUAAAUCAAGGGCUCAGCGAUCCCCAGUCUGACCCCAAUGGUCCUCAGCAGGUUCAGGGAGUGCCAUGGUACCCACAGUCACAGUUCUUACAGAGCCUUCCUCCUGGGAAUCCCCCACAAUCACUUGCAUCAAGCCAGGUGCCGUCAGUGGCUGGCAGCUCAUUGCAAGGCAACAGCCUUGCACGCUCUUCAGCAUCUUACCCAGGACCUCUGGGUGGCCAAGGCAUGCAGGGCAGGCCUUACUUGACAACCAAUGCUGCCAGAGUUGCUGUGCCCCGUCCCAUUCCCUUGGUACAAAGUAAUGUAGAAGGGCCUCUUCAUAAUGGUGUUAGGCCAUCAGGACAGGUACCAGAACACUUAACCAUCCGACCAGGAAUGACACAGUCACUGGGAGGUCAGUCAGGCAUAUCAUACCCAAUGGCUAGCCAGAUUUCACAAGGUGGACGUCUAGGACUUUACUCAAGUGCUUCACAAAGUGGAAGUCUUGGAGGCUCAGGCCAGGAUCAGAGACACCUUGCCCACACCAGUGGCCUACCAGCCCCACCCUCCUACAACAGCAAGGAUGUACUGGCCGCUCAGAUCCUAGAACUUAACAAGCAGCAUGAGGAAGCCCAGGCCCGUCUUCAGCUGUUGAUGCAGCAACAGCAAAACCAGCACCAGGAACACCUAGACCAACAUCAUACGUUACAGGAGACUGAUAACGAGCUCCGUGCUGCUGUGGUCCUUGGGCAACGCAAUCCACAACAGCAUGGUCUUCCUUCCCAUCCUGUUUCGCCUCCAAUUUCUCCAAUAUCUCAGAAAUCUGAUAACUACCUCAGUCUCCAGGGCUUGACACAACAGAACAACCUUGGGUCAGCUUCUUCUAGAGGCAUCACAGUAUCUAUUCCAAGCAUGAGUUUGGAUUCAACCAAUGAGAGUAGCCCCUCACCUAAGAGAGCGUAGACUAUUCUGGGAUCCAGUUAGUACUCUGCAAAGUACGAUGUGUGACAGACACAACAGACAACUCAAUACUCCAGGGUUUAUAAUCAAUCUCGCUCUCUACACCCCUGGAUCAUG